CCACCAAAAUCUUUCAGUUUAACGGUAGCGUCACGUCGCACCGUGUUCAAUUCAAUCUUUAGCUGCUUCAACUACGCGACGACUUCAACAGUCAACCCAACUUCAGUCCACUCCUUUACCUCGGUCCAUUACCUACGACGAUAAUUCUGUUUCGACUUACACUACUUUCACUGCAAACCCGAUCAGACAAAAAAUUACAUCACAAUGGCUCCGACAAAGGCAGUCGCGACUAAAGACAAGUACUCUGUCAUCUUACCGACCUACAAUGAGCGCCGCAAUCUCCCCAUUAUCACCUGGCUGCUUAACCGCACCUUUACCGAGAACAACCUUGACUGGGAACUCGUAAUCGUCGACGACGGCUCGCCGGAUGGAACACAAGUAGUAGCAGAACAACUAGUCAAAGCCUACGCACCACACGUAAUCCUCAAGACACGAUCAGGCAAGCUCGGACUCGGCACCGCAUACGUACACGGCCUCCAAUUCGUAACAGGCAACUUCGUCAUCAUCAUGGACGCCGACUUCAGUCACCACCCGAAAUUCAUCCCGCAGAUGAUUGCGCGCCAGCGGGCCGGCGGAUACGAUAUCGUGACGGGAACGCGGUACGCGGGUAACGGCGGCGUGUUCGGGUGGGACUUAAAGCGCAAGUUCGUCAGCCGCGGGGCUAAUUUGUUCGCUGACACCGUGCUACGCCCCGGUGUCAGCGAUUUGACGGGUAGUUUCCGUCUGUAUAAGAAGUCUGUCCUACAGAAGGUCAUUGAGAGUACGGAGAGCAAGGGUUACACUUUCCAGAUGGAGAUGAUGGUCCGGGCUAAGGCUAUGGGUUUCAGCGUCGCUGAGGUUCCUAUUACUUUUGUUGAUCGCUUGUACGGCGAGUCUAAGCUUGGUGGCGAUGAGAUCGUGGAGUAUGCGAAGGGUGUGCUGAGCUUGUGGUUGAAGGUCUAAUUGAAAUGGUCCAGUUAGUCGGUUUGGCGUUGGUUUGGGUGGUUCUGCCUGUACCAUCGAUACUCAUAAUUAAUACAGGCGUAAGAUCGUAACGUCUCUCAUGUGCCCAGUCGUCCACGAUUGAAUAUCCGAGUUGCCCUGCCUAGGUCCCGAACAUAAGCAACAUCCUACAAAGUUGCAACCUACUCCCUUGGGCACAUGAUACACGCAUUGCUAUCCCGAGGACCAGAAUUAAAAUGGCAGUAAUAAAACAACGUAAAAUAAUCAA